UUUUUCCAGGCCCUGCUGUCUUUUCUAUUGCCAGGACAGAGCCGACUGAGAGGGCAAAUUGAAGAGGCUCUGGACCUCUCAUUGAUCCAGCAGGAGGCUGAGAACGGAGCUCUAGACAUCAGUAAGGUAGCUCAGUUCAUAACUGACAUGAUGGGCACCUUUUGCGCACCCUGCCGUGAUGAAGACAUCAAACAGCUGCGUGAAAUCACUGACAUUGUGCCCCUUUUUAAGUCUAUAUUUGCAGUGCUGGACAAAAUGAAGAUCGACAUGGCCAACUUUGCUGUGAGCAGCCUGCGACCUCACCUCUUUCAGCAGUCGGUGGAAUAUGAGCGGAAGAAAUUCCAGGAGUUCCUAGAGAAACAACCCAAUGCAUUGGAUUUCACAAAGAAAUGGCUCCAGGACACAGUAGAUUAUGUAACCGGUGGAGGAACAGAGGGUGGAGCAACAUGCACACCAAAUUCUGCUCAACUUCCUCUAACUAUACACAAUCAUGCCUAUUUAUGCCUGUUAAAAUGGGACCAUGAUACUGAGUCUUUUCCGGAG